AUGCUCCCCAAGGAACCGGAACCUGGGUCACUUAUUCAACAUGAGCGCCCAAUAUUGACACCUUCAAUGAUACCAAAAAGUACUAAUUUUGACGCUAAAGAUUCACAAUUUUUCAAAAAGUUCGCUAGCCUCCCUUCGCCAGAAGAGGUUCGCAAGCAAUCUAAAUCCCAGUAUCUCGAAACCUAUCCAGAUGACAGAGAAGCUUUCUCGAUGACCUGGUAUCGUAUGAGACCACCACCUGUGAUCUUCAAGGAUCUAGGACUUUUCGUCAAAUGGGGUAGUGAGAUGCGAAUUUCAGAGGGCCAGUCACUCUACGAUAUCGGCCGAUGCCUCAAAGAUCGUGUGCCAGUUCCGGAGAUCUAUGGAUGGCGAACGGAGGGCCAUCAAGUCUUCAUCUACAUGGAAUAUUUGCCUGGGCAGACUCUGGACCAAGUUUGGGAUAUUUUGGAGCCUGACGAUCGCGGUUCGAUCUGUUCUGAGCUUCGAACAAUCAUUGAUAAUCUUCGCCAACUUGAACAGGAGCCAGACGAUCGAUUCAUAGGUAUAGUUCCUUUAGCAAUCUUCACAUUUGCUCCAUUUUAUCUAUUACUAACAUUUUUCUUUUUCUUUUGUGUGUGUGUGUAUAUAGGAAAUGUCGUAAAAGCUGCUCUUUAUGACAGAGCAUUUCACGUCAACUCUAUGUCCGAAGCGGGGCCCUUCGGCACUGUACAAAGGUUCCAUAAUUGGUUCACUUUCCUUUACCGAAAGCCGAUGCCUGACCCGUAUUCUGUCCCAAUCGAACCGUUUCGUGAUGAUCUACCUAAUGAUAGCCCUGUCAAUUUUACGCAUGGCGAUCUCCACCGCAGCAACAUCUUGAUAACAGGUUCCAAACCCUAUCACGUUCUCGCUCUCAUCGAUAGGGAACAGUCAGGUUGGCUCCCUGCAUACUGGGAGGCUAGGAAAGUACAGUAUACUGUUGACAGGAAUGAAGAAUGGUCCAAAAAGUAUUUGCCGAUGGUUUUAUGCCAGUUCACCAGCAACUGGGAACCGUGGGACUAUUAUACAAUAUCCAUGGGAUGUUAA